AUGCAAAUGCCAUUGAGCGGCGGCCAUAAAUUCGGCGUGGCAUCAUCUCCAAUUCGGUCUCGAGCGCCAAAUCUUGUCAUGGCAGAACUCGAAACAAUCUCUCUCUCGCAGCUUUUGGAGGUCGACCCUCAAGCGAUGAAAGAGCUUGAGGAUGCAGCCACUUUGCAAGGUUUUUUCUACCUCGAUCUGCGGGGAUCAGAAACUAGUCGGACACUCAGAGACGUAGACGAGUGUGUUGAAACAGCAGGCGAAUUCUAUGCCAUGCCGUUUGAAGAAAAACUGGGGUAUGACAUUGACAAACUGGGCAUGCACAAACUCAAUGGGAGUCUUCUCGAACGUUUGAUGAAUGAUCUGCACGCAAUAGGUAUUUCGGUUCUUCGCGCACUAAGCCUUGUGCUGCGUAUCCCCGUCGAGCGGAGCCUCGAAAUGAGCCACCGACAUCAUUGCUCAUCAACGAGUGCCCUUGGUGUCCUCAAAUACCCUCGGCUAUGGGCCGAAAGCCCUCAGCUUGGCCACGGUGCACACACAGAUGUCGGCUCAUUGACCCUGCUCUUCUGUUCGGAACCUGGACUUCAGAUACUCGAUCCAAAGACCGAUCAAUGGGCGUACAUUCGGCCUAAGGAUGGCCACGCCAUAGUCAACGUGGGAGACUCUCUGCGCUUCCUCAGCGAUCAUCGCCUACGCUCUUGUCUUCAUCGCGUAGUUCCACCUGUGGAGGGGAAGAUUACAGAUCGCCUUUCCUGCGCGUGCUUCCUAAGGCCUGAGUUGGACGCUGUGUUCAUGGACGACACGGGAAAGUCUUGGAAGAGUGUCGACUGGCAUGACGGGAAAUAUAAAAUGUUUCGUGCACCGACGGAAAAACAGCAGCAGGAUUCUGUUCUGACGGGCAAAGCCGGCUUCUUGGGGUCUUGGUGCCCUGACAGUAUAUGGUCGGCGUGA